CGUGUCCUGGAUGGGAACUGACAACAUCAGGGAAGUGAAGUGACUAACUCAGCCGAGGAGCAGCAGCGUCUUUGUGUUUUCGCCUCUUUCUGCAGUCAGUCUCCCCGCAGCUAUGUCGUGGUGCGGUUACACAGGCCGCUACUGACGUCGAGUUUGUGUUAACUUAACUUAAAAACUUUCCACUCAGAGGAGGGAGACGUGUUGCGACACCAGCCCGAGCUUCCUGAACAGGAGUCCAGCUCGGUAACAGGAACUCACAGCGACAGAGGGCGGCGAAGGUGAGGUAAACACAGCCCAGGGAGAGGUUAACCAGCGGCCCGACGGUGUCAAAGACCUUUAAGACUACCCGGAUUAACUUGGGUUAAUCUACACGGGGGUUAAACCAUGUCUCUGGUGGACCAGAGCCAGAAGUGGUUCCCCACCAGCGUCCAGGUAACGGUGCACCAGGCUCGAAGCCUGCGCGUCAAGGGGAAGAAUGGCACCAACGACUCCUACGCCAUCAUGCAGGUGGCCAAAGACAAGUUCUCCACCUCGGUGGCCGAGAAAAGCGUCGCUCCGGUGUGGAAGGAGGAGGCUUCGUUCGACCUGCCGCUCUUCCACCCGGGAAACGCCGAGCGAUGCACCCUGCACGUCAUCGUGAUGCACCGGGCACAGGUGGGACUCGACAAGUUCCUGGGUCAAGCUGUGAUCAACCUCCUGGAUCUACACGACGACAGGUCCCGCACAAAGACCGAUUGGUUCAAGUUGGUGGACAAGUCUGGAAAAGCAGAUAAGGUGCGAGGGGAAGUGCUGCUAGAUAUACAGUUCAUGAGAAACAACAUGUCGGCCAGCAUGUUUGACCUGUCUAUGCAAGACAAACCACGCUCACGCAUCUCCAAGCUGAAGGACAAAGUCCGUGGAAAGAAGAAGGACAGCUUCUCUGACUCUGCCUCAGCCAUCGUUCCCUCUGUCAGCCAGGUCCUCACUGACAGUGACGGAGAGGCUGAUGCUCAGUCACUCAAUCAGUCUGUGAAAAAGAAAUCCAAGCUCAAAUCCCUCUUUGCACCUAAAUCCAACUUGCAGCGUAACAUUUCACAGUCCAUGUCUACACUGGGGACUCUUCCUGAGAAGAACUCAUCUCUUAGUGGCAGCCGCUCAUCUGGCCUCAAUGUAGACUCACCUGAAGUGAAGAAGAAAUUCAAAUUCCUGGGACACAAGCGAUCAGGCAGCUCUGACAGCAAGGUGUCUCAGGGUCCUUUCUCCCUACUGGGUCGCUCCAAGCAGAGCAACAGUGACCAGAACAACUUUUGCAUCAACGGCAGUCAUGUGUACACAGAGGAGACGGAGCCAAAGAGUGGAUCUACUCUCAGUCUGAACAGCUCAGGCCAAGGCUCUGUGGAAGAUGUCCACAAACACACCUCAGAUGCCUCUGCAAGUUCCUCCAGAAGUGUAGCUGACCCCACCCCCACCUCCAGGCAUGAAUCAACAGACAGAGCUAUACUGGAGCAACAACGCCAUCAACAGGAGGAAGAGAGACGGCAGGCAGAAGAGAGGCACAUAGCCGAAGUAAAGAGGGUGGAGGAUGAGGAGAAAUACAGGGCAGAUGCCAGGAGACUGCAGGAGGAAGAGGAGCGCAGAUAUCAAGAGGAACAGGAGAGGAACCGAAAAUUCCUCGAGGAUGAAGCAAGGAGGAAGAAACAGAGGGAGGAGGAGGAGGAAGAAAAAAGAAAGCAAGAGGAAGAGCAUAGGAUGCGACAUGCAGCGGAGAAUCAGAAUCUUGAGGAGGAGCGUCGCAAAUCAGAGGAGCAGAAACGACAGGAGGAGGCCUCCAUGAGUGACAGGCUGUCAACUCUGUUCGGAAUGAUCAGAAAGAAGGAGGAGAAAAAAGAGGAGGUGCAGCAGCAAACUAAAGAGGAGUUGCCUGAAACAGCCCCUCGCAGUGACUCAAGCAGUCUUGAUCAACCGAUCUCCCACCACUCCACUAACCCAUUUGAAGACAUUCCUCUCAGCAGUAAUGAAAGUCCAGCUGAUCCUCAGAAAUCCAGCCGUAAUCCUCAAACCCCAUCAGCCAUGGUCUUCCUCAACCGCACUGCCAAAGUGUCUGCAGUCAAACCCAGAUUGGUUCAAAUUCUGGAGUCUGAACCCCCUGACUGCCAAACCCCCAGUCAGCUGUGUCCUUCCCCAGCCGCCUCUGAGUCCACCCUCUCUAGUGUCCCGUCUGAGCCCCCUGAUAGUUUCUCCAAAUUCCACUCAUCGUUGCCUCCACCAAACGUAAGCAAAAGCCUGUCUGGUUCCCCUCGUGGGAGCACAGAGGAUUUGUCAUCUGUGGAAUCUGAGGGAUCUUCACCCACCAUGGCGGACAAGAAGAAAAACGCCCCCCUGCCACCUACGUAUCAUCUACAUGGGAACCAAACAGGAGGAAAUCCCAUUCCUGUCAGAGAGAUGAAAAGUCCUUUCGUAGAGGCAGACGGAUCGCAACAAGGCAAAAAAAUGUCUAUACCACUUCCUGAUUAUGAAUCCCUCUUCCCAAAGAAGAGGCACGGAGUACAAGGGCACACUCUGUGGGAUCAUAUUACCGCUGAGGUCAAUCAGAGACAAAGGGACACUGCACCUGAACUUCUGGGUCCAGAGAUGAGUGUGGAUGGCCCAGUGGGGCAUGAUCCGAGUCCUAGGUCGUUCACAUCGCAAGAGAGUCCUGCCAUGAGGCAUUAUCAAACAAUACCUGAGGAGACCAAACCUAUGUCGUUAAAAAAGGCAGCGGCCCCAGCUCCCCCUAAACCAGUCUUAUCCCCACAUCCUCAAUCAAUCGGUCAAAACCAGUACACUGCCCAGCAGUCUGGCAUGAGACCUAAUCCGUCUGCAGUGCAGGGACCGAGAAACACUGACUUAGCAAGCAGAGAAGGUCUCUCUGGGAUGUCCAGGGAUGGAGCGAGGAAGGCGUUGCAGCCAUCACCCGCAGCUACACUUGCACCCAGACCAAGUAUCCAAAUGGACACAAGUCCACCAGAAGAUCAGCGGAAAGAAGCACCCACUGCCAAACCCAGACAGAGGUCUAACGGCAAUGAGCCAAUACAGAAAGAAGUUUCUGCUGCUGACAAAAAACAGAACAGUAAUGCCCAAACAUUAUUUAGUCAGAGUGUGAAAAGCAUGGACAAAAAGAGUAGGCAGGCAAGGGAAAACUUGGUAGAGUUUGACCCGUUCCCCAGCACUGAGCUUCUAUCCAAAGACCCGUGGGCACAGCAGAAGCAGAAGCAAGAAGUCGACAACCUUUUGACUGGCAACAUCCAGAAAGAACAGAAACCUGAAAUUCAGGGAAUGACAGCCGAUGAUCUUGAUAACAUUUUUAGUCAAGAUAAGCCAACAGAUCCCUUUGCUAGUUUUAGUCGCAGCAAUUCAAACAACCAGAGUCCAAAAAGGAAAGACUCAGAGCAAGCGGGCUUUCAUGCUUUUCAAAGAAAGACUUCACAGAGACGGAGUCUUACAUCAAAAACUCCCCUGGAAGAUAAAGGUCUCCAGUCUCAACAAGAGCCAGCAUCUAAAGAAGGAACAACCAAAAUGGCAGCUAACCAAGACCUCGUCACAAACGAUGUCAGGAAGGAGCCGGUCGCACUUCAGCCUCAAGCUGACGUGAAGACACAGAGCGGUUUUUACAAAGUAGAGGAUCAGUUUGGAGCUGAACCUUUUGCUGUUCCCUCUGCGUUGACUUCCUCUGAGCCCCUCCAGGCUAUUACGGAGGAACCAGGGGCUCUGUCUGGGGGAAAGACACUUUUGCAAGCGUGGGUCUCACCGUCUGAGGUUCAGCCUGUCAGUGCUCAGAAUAGCAAUGGAGGUGGGCAAGCCUUAACGGCACGCAGGCCUCAUCCCGUGAAGCCCCUGACCUCAGUUGAGAGCCAACAUGCCACCAGCACCCAAACUGGGAAGGAGAUAAAGGUCCGGGACAGUACACCGGGGAAGAUUAAGGUGGCAGACCCGUUAGGAAGCGGACCUUACACUCAGCUCACCCAGGGGGAGUUGAUCACAAUGGUGGUGAAGCAGCAAACAGACCUGUCCAAGAAGGACGCCAAAAUCGUGGAGCUGGAAGAGUACAUCGACAACCUGGUGGUGCGAGUCAUCGAGGAGAAACCCAGUAUCCUGCAAGCCUUAAACGCCACCAAGCAAGUGUAAGGCCGUGGCGGCUCGAACGACACAGGCCCACUCGGGGACUCAGUUCUGUCUUUCUUGUGUGAGUUUGUACUGUUGUCACUGUGUCAUCGUGUUCUCUCAGUGCACGUUGUCACUGAGGGACACGAUCUCCACGAAGGUCUUAGAGCAUAUGCACUUUCUUUAACUUUCAGAGUCUUUUUUCAGAAUGCUGGAAAAUGUCUCUGAACUAAUAAUUACUUCAUAACAAGCAAGUGAAAAUCUUUAUACAAGCAGAUGAAUGUAUUUGUUCCGACACUAAGGUACUGGAAUUUGCUUUUAAUUGUUCCAUGAAAAUAUUUUCAUUAUCUUGAUUUAUACUUCAUACUUGAUUGGAACUCGGGUUGAGCAUUAUUUAAUAUACUUAAUGAGAAGAAAGGUUUUCACUUACUCUGGCCUUUUUAAUUUUUACUCUUCACACUGGGCUUUGUGUAACUUUUGUGUGAUGCAUGACCAUAUACUCAACCACAUACGACCAUUCCAAAUACAUGCUCCAUCUUGUUUAGGUCAGACUGUAUUAGUAUUGUCUUGUAAAUAUAUUUGCAGUACAUUUACUCAGCUUUCCUGCAAAUACUAACUAGGAAUUCUGCCCUCAUGAGCUAAAUAUUAAGAUUGUGUAAAAAAAACAAGUGCACAUUUCUCUUUCUUUUGCCUCUUUCACUUACGUCUUAUUUUACUCUGUUUGUUAGUCCAUUUGGCAGAUGUUCAACAUUCCUCACAUGUUUAACUCACCACAGUUGAAUGUCAGCUGGUCUUCCAGUCCUUAAAAGAUAUUGUGCCUACACUUUUGCUUCAACAAGGUUUUUAUUUUGAAAACCAGGAAAUCAAUAAAAGAAAGCCAGCUACCAAAUACUGUACAUCCUUUGAAUAACAACAGUUUUUUCCUCUUCUUUAUGUGGUUGUAAUCUAGCCGGUGCACUAGGUGGAAAAUUAAAUAUUAUGCAAGAAAUAUUACAGAAUUAAGUUUCUUUAAUAAUAAUUUAAGACUUUGAUCAUUUUGAUAAUUGUGUUCUAUUUAUAUAAAAGAAAAAUACAGAAAUGAUUAAAACCUAAUCAUUAGGAGAACAGUCACAGACUCAGAGUCCGUCAUAACCAGCCUGGUCUUUGUAUUUGAACUACAAUCAUGAAUGAAAACCUGCAUCUUUGCCUUCACAUUAUAAUCCUCUUUGAUGUCUUGGCAGAAAAUAAAGCAAUAUAACAUUUUCAGAAUGUGAAAGCUGUGCCUUCAAAAUCUUUUUCAUUACUUUAAUGUUUGCUGGACGGACAGUCAUUGGCUCCAUCUCUUGUUUGUCCGACAUGAAAAUAAUCAUUCAGUCAAUGUCAAACUUCUCAAAGGAGUGAUGCUGAUUUUAAAUUUAAAUAAAGACACUAAUUAUUUCACCA